AUGCUGGAAGCCACAGGUGAAAAGCAGAUAGACCUCGACACCAAAGCUGUCAGCUACAUCAAUGGUAUCGACCCAUUUGCUCAGUACAUCACCAUCGCCUCGGUAUGUAUGGGCAUCUUUCAAAGUAAAUUUCUGAAAGAACACCAGCACGCCAAACUCACAGAUGGUCAAAAUAUCAUGGACUGGAUGACGGUCAGAGACGACGGGUCUAUCGAGGUGAAAUCCGAAGUAUGGUUGACGGAACAAGAAUUGAGAGAUCGCGGGAUGACCAUAGCUGAAUCUGAAGUCGUUCCCAGUCCCAUUGCUCAAGUACCAAGCGAGGGUUAUAUCAGAAAAGACCAAUUCAGCAAAGUGUCAUUCCAGUGGUUAGAAUGGUUUCAACAUAAAAAUCAAAACAAAUACCAGAUACAGCAUGCGCUCAAUGGAGGGGAACAUCUGGUACCAGGAACCCACUACAGACUGGAUGGGUAUUGUCCUAAAACAAAUACGGCUUUCGAGUUUAAUGGCUGCUUAUGGCAUGGAUGUCGGCAAUGUUUUCCACACAAGCGUUCUACCACCAUCCACCCCAGAACCAAGCAAUCGAUUGAAGAACUGUAUGCCGUGACCUGCCGAAAACGAGAAAUACUCAAAGCCAAAGGAUACAGUGUCAUUGAGAUCUGGGAACAUCAAUUCCACGACCUUCUGAAAUCCAAACCAGAACUGUUACAGUUCGUGAACUCGUUGGAUCUACAAGACCGACUAAACCCCAGAGAUUCUUUCUUUGGAGGAAGAACCAAUGCAAGCAAGCUACAUUACAAAGCAAAAGAAGGAGAAGAAAUCAAAUACGUGGAUUUCACGUCUCUGUAUCCUUGGGUGAAUAAGUAUUGUAAAUAUCCAGUGGGGCAUCCUCAAAUCAUACACACGGAUUUCAAGCCAUUAGAUGAAUACUUUGGUAUCGCCAAGGUAAAAAUACUACCACCACUUGGACUUUAUCAUCCUGUGCUACCUUAUAAAUCUAAGGGAAAACUCAAGUCCCCCCUGUGCAGAACCUGUGCUGACGAAGAAUUACAAACAUUAUGUCGCCAUUCAGAGGAAGAGAGAAACAUCAUUGGAACGUGGUGCAUUCCCGAAAUCAUUAAAGCCACGGAUCAAGGGUAUCGAGUCACCAGAGUCUACGAGGUCUAUCAUUAUCCUGAAACAACACAGUACGACCCGGCAACACGUGAAGGUGGUCUUUUUGCCAACUAUAUCAAUACCUUCCUCAAAUUAAAACAAGAAGCAAGUGGAUGGCCUGUAUGGUGUAUCGCAGAGGAAGACAAAGACAAAUACAUCAGACAAUAUCGAGACAAAGAGGGUGUACAGCUUGACAAAGAAAAUAUCGUAAAGAACCCUGGACUUCGGUCUCUGGCUAAACUGUGUCUGAACAGUUUCUGGGGGAAAUAUGGUCAACGUCUGAAUAUGAAGCAGUCUGCCUUCAUUCACGAAAACAAUGCAGAAACGUUUUUCCAGAUGUUGGCAGAUCCCACCAAAGACAUCGUCGAUUUUCACGUGUUGACAGAGUCCAUUUUGCAACUUGAAUACCAACACAAAUCAACCUUUAUCCCAGAAGACCUGAAAACCAACAUAAUUCUGGCAACGUUCACUACCUCCUGGGCGAGAUUGAAAUUGUACAGUGUGUUGGAGAAGCUGGAUGAAAAUGUGUUACACUACGACACAGACUCUGUCAUCUUUGUGGCCAGACCAGGAAACUAUCAACCCUCUCUGGGAGAUUAUCUCGGAGAACUGACCGACGAACUGGAUGGACAGUAUAUCACAGAAUUUGUAAGUGGAGGUCCAAAAAGUUACGGAUACAGAACAUGUAGCGGUUCAGAAGUGUGCAAGGUACGAGGUUUCUCUCUGAAUUAUGCCAAUGCACAGCUUAUCCACUUUGAAGCUAUCCGCGAGAUGGUCUUGUCACUGACUAGAGAUGGUACCCUGACCGUGACGAAUCCAUCUAAAAUUUCAAGAGAGAAAAGAAAGAGAAAGAUUUAUAACAAAGUGGAAGAGAAAAAGUACAAGAUCGUAUACACCAAACGUGUCAUUCAAGAUAACUUGGACACUCUUCCUUAUGGCUACUAA